UCUCAGUCUCUCCACACGAUCACUCGCUCUGCCUCUAUACAUUCCACAGUCUUCCCCAGUCUCUUUCUGCAGCAAUGGCUUCUCUGGUUUUCACUCCCUUCAUUCUACCCUGCUCCAAAUCAGAGCACUUCUCUUCCCUCUCCCACAUCAAAGUCUCCCUUUUCCCCCGCCUCACCCAACCAUCAUCCAAGGUCUUCUGCGCCGCCACCGGCAACGGCCUCUUCACUCAGACCAAGCCGGAAGUUCGCCGGAUCAUACCAGACCCCUACUCCGCCGGAGAACUCCCACUCCCCCGUGUCAAAAUCGUCUAUGUAGUGCUUGAAGCGCAGUACCAAUCAUCUCUCUCCGCCGCCGUCCGAACCCUCAACGCCGGCCGCCGCCACGCCUCCUUCGAGCUCGUCGGAUACCUUGUCGAGGAGCUCCGAGAUGAAACCACUUACUGCACCUUCUGCGAUGACCUCGCCACCGCCAACAUUUUCAUCGGCUCACUUAUUUUCGUGGAAGAACUGGCUCUAAAAGUAAAAACGGCUGUGGAGAAAGAACGGGACCGGAUGGACGCCGUACUCGUCUUCCCGUCCAUGCCCGAAGUCAUGAGACUCAACAAGCUAGGAUCUUUUAGCAUGUCUCAGCUAGGCCAGUCCAAAAGCCCUUUCUUCCAGCUCUUCAAGAGGAAGAAACAGGGCGCCGGGUUCGCCGAAAGCAUGCUGAAGCUAGUCCGAACACUUCCCAAGGUCCUCAAAUACCUCCCCAGCGACAAGGCACAGGACGCCAGGCUUUAUAUCCUCAGCCUCCAGUUCUGGCUCGGCGGCUCGCCGGAAAAUUUGGAAAAUUUCCUCAAAAUGAUCUCAGGCUCCUAUAUCCCUGCGCUCAAGACGUCGAAAAUCGAAUACUCCGACCCCGUUUUGUUCUUAGACAGCGGAAUCUGGCAUCCGAUGGCUCCUUCCAUGUACGACGAUGCGAAGGAGUAUUUGAAUUGGUAUUGUACGAGACGGGAUCUUAAUGCCCAGCUGAAAGAUCCCAAAGCCCCGGUGAUCGGAUUGGUAUUACAGAGAAGCCACAUCGUGACCGGAGAUGACGGGCAUUAUGUGGCGGUGAUAAUGGAAUUGGAGGCGAGAGGGGCGAAAGUGAUACCUAUAUUUGCCGGGGGGCUGGAUUUCUCAGGUCCGACGGAGAGAUAUCUGAUAAAUCCGGUGAAUAACAAGCCUUUCGUUGACGCGGUGGUUUCGCUGACAGGAUUCGCGCUCGUCGGAGGCCCGGCAAGGCAGGAUCAUCCGAGGGCGAUAGAGGCGUUGAGGAAGCUUGAUGUGCCUUACCUUGUAGCUUUGCCGCUGGUGUUCCAGACAACGGAGGAGUGGCUUAAUAGUACAUUAGGAUUGCAUCCGAUUCAAGUGGCUUUGCAGGUGGCAUUGCCUGAGCUCGACGGCGGGAUGGAGCCGAUUGUAUUCUCCGGCAGGGAUGCCAGAACGGGGAAAUCUCAUGCUUUGCAUAAGAGAGUGGAGCAGCUUUGUACAAGAGCUAUAAGAUGGGCAGAGCUCAAACGGAAAUCAAAGGAAGAGAAGAAAAUCGCGAUCACGGUUUUCAGCUUCCCGCCGGAUAAGGGCAAUGUGGGCACCGCGGCCUACCUCAACGUCUUCGCCUCCAUUUUCUCCGUUCUCACCGAACUCAAAAAAGAAGGAUACAACGUCGGCGAUCUCCCCGACACAGCCGAAACCCUAAUCGAAAACAUCAUCCACGACAAAGAGGCAAAGUUCAGCAGCCCUAACCUGAACGUAGCCUACCGGAUGAGCGUCCGCGAGUACAAAUCCCUAACUACCUACGCCACCGCCUUAGAAGAAAGCUGGGGAAAACCCCCCGGAAACCUAAAUUCCGACGGAGAAAACCUCCUCGUCUACGGAAAGCAAUUCGGAAAUGUCUUCAUAGGCGUGCAGCCUACUUUCGGCUACGAAGGCGACCCGAUGCGUCUUCUUUUCUCCAAAUCAGCUAGCCCUCACCAUGGCUUCGCCGCUUAUUACUCCUUCGUGGAGAAGAUUUUUGGCGCUGACGCCGUGCUCCAUUUCGGCACUCAUGGAUCGCUGGAGUUCAUGCCGGGAAAGCAGGUGGGGAUGAGCGAUGUUUGCUAUCCCGAUAGCCUCAUCGGAAAUAUACCUAACAUAUAUUACUACGCCGCGAACAAUCCGUCGGAAGCUACCAUAGCCAAGCGAAGGAGCUACGCUAAUACCAUAAGCUACUUGACUCCGCCGGCGGAGAACGCCGGGCUUUAUAAAGGUCUGAAGCAGCUCUCCGAGCUCAUCUCCUCUUACCAGUCCCUCAAGGACACAGGACGCGGGCAGCAGAUUGUUAGUUCAAUUAUCAGUACCGCCAAGCAGUGUAAUCUGGACAAGGAUGUCAGCUUGCCGGAGGAAGGAGAAGAGCUCUUGCCUAAAGAAAGAGAUCUUGUGGUUGGAAAGGUAUAUUCCAAGAUCAUGGAGAUCGAAUCUCGAUUACUUCCUUGCGGACUCCAUAUAAUCGGAGAGCCACCAUCCGCAAUUGAGGCGGUGGCCACGCUCGUCAAUAUCGCCGCGCUGGAUCGACCGGAAGACAAUAUUUUCUCCCUGCCGGGAAUUUUGGCGGAGACUGUAGGAAGAAAUAUUGAAGAUGUAUACAGGGGAAGCGAUAGAGGAAUUUUAGCAGAUGUAGAGCUUUUGAGGCAGAUAACAGAGGCUUCACGAGGAUCCAUUACUGCUUUUGUGGAAAGGACGACGAAUAAGAAAGGGCAAGUGGUGGAUGUCGCAGAGAAAAUCACCUCAAUGUUUGGAUUUGGUCUUGCCGAGCCAUGGAUUCAGUACCUGUCGAAAACGAAAUUCUUGAGAGCGGACAGGGAGAAGCUGAGAACUCUGUUCCAGUUUCUAGCCGAGUGCUUGAAUCUUGUGGUGGCUGAUAACGAAUUAGGAAGCUUGAAAAUGGCUUUAGAAGGAAGCUAUGUUGAGCCUGGGCCAGGUGGAGACCCUAUAAGAAACCCAAAGGUUUUGCCGACGGGGAAGAACAUUCACGCGCUCGAUCCGCAGGCGAUUCCCACGGCGGCGGCUAUGCAGAGCGCAAAAGUGGUUGUGGAUAGGCUGCUGGAGAGACAGAAGGUUGAUAAUGGCGGGAAAUAUCCGGAGACGGUCGCUCUGGUUUUGUGGGGGACGGAUAACAUCAAGACUUACGGCGAGUCUCUUGCUCAGGUGCUGUGGAUGAUCGGAGUACGGCCGGUGGCGGACACAUUCGGCCGCGUAAAUCGAGUGGAACCCGUCAGCCUUGAAGAACUCGGCCGACCUAGGAUCGAUGUUGUCGUCAAUUGCUCCGGUGUCUUCCGAGAUCUAUUCAUUAACCAGAUGAAUCUACUGGACCGAGCAGUGAAGAUGGUGGCGGAGUUCGAUGAACCAACGGAGCAAAACUACAUCCGCAAACACGCACUGGAGCAGGCAGCGGAGUUAGGAUUACCAAUCCGAGAAGCAGCCACCCGUGUCUUCUCCAACGCAUCGGGCUCCUACUCUUCCAACAUCAAUUUAGCAGUUGAGAACUCGUCUUGGAACGACGAGAACCAGCUUCAAGACAUGUAUCUAAGCCGCAAGUCCUUCGCCUUCGACUCCGAUGCCCCCGGCGCAGGCAUGAUCGAGAAACGGAAAAUGUUCGAGAUGGCGCUUCGAACGGCGGACGCCACAUUCCAAAACCUUGAUUCGUCGGAAAUCUCGUUAACUGAUGUGAGCCAUUACUUCGACUCCGAUCCGACGAAUCUCGUACAGUCGCUUAGACGCGACGGGAAGAAACCGAACGCCUAUAUCGCGGACACGACGACGGCGAACGCGCAGGUAAGGACGCUGGCGGAGACGGUGCGGCUAGAUGCGAGGACGAAGCUGCUAAACCCUAAAUGGUAUGAGGGGAUGAUGGGGAGUGGGUAUGAAGGCGUGAGGGAGAUUGAGAAGAGGUUAACGAACACGGUGGGAUGGAGUGCGACGUCGGGGCAGGUGGAUAACUGGGUGUACGAGGAGGCGAAUAGUACCUUUAUAAAGGAUGAGGAGAUGCUGAAGAGGAUGAUUGAGACAAACCCUAACUCGUUCAGGAAGAUGGUUCAGACCUUCUUGGAGGCGAGCGGGAGAGGGUAUUGGGAUACUUCUGAGGAGAAUUUGGAGAGGCUCAGGGAGUUGUAUUCGGAGGUGGAAGACAAGAUCGAGGGUAUUGAGCGCUGAAAUACUUUUCAGUUGUUCGUUUCUUGAGAUGGACUGCUCAUUUGUAUCUUCCAUUUGUUAAAUUUCUUCUACUUUUUGCGGGCUUGUGCUGCAUGUCAAGGGUGGGAAUGAAAUUAACCCAUUCAAGAUUUGGUGUAAAGGAGGAUGUGGUAAAUCCUAUAUAUCGGAUUAUUAAAUAAUGAGGCAGUUAAAUUUAAAAAAA